UUGGCGCGAGUUGUGUUGUGUAAAAGUUCAUUCAAUAACAUUUAAGUUUUGACCGAAAUACUUCCAUUUUUAUUAAGGUCUAUGGAUUUUUCUGUAAUAUAAAACCUAUUCUUUCUGAAUAAUUUAUGCGCAUUUUUAAUUUAUUUACUAUGAAGAAACGUCAAAUCGAAACGAAUCAAAGAACGUUGUUCAAUUUCUUUAACAAAACGUCAGAAUCAAAGGAUAAAGUUAGUGAUAGUACAUCUCUGAACACAAGACCUGUCAAAGUCUGUGCUAAAGAAAUAGGUGUGAAAAGUAGUGACAUAUUUAAUGGAUUGAAUAAAUUUAGAGAAAAUAAAUCGAGUAAUGAAUCAGUACUAAUUGCUACUGAAAACUUGGACAAUCAAGACCAUGAAACACCAUCAGGAAUUCUUGAUUCAAAGAUUAGCCCUAAAAAGAUUUUACAGAAAAAUAUAUCUGCUUAUUUAUCACCUUCUAAGAACACAAAAUUAUUAAAAUUAGAAAGUAAUAUUUGUAAUGGUAUAACAGAAAAUGGUUCUGUAGAUAUAGUGGCCUCUAUAGAGACAAAGUAUAUAUCCUUAAAAAGAAGUCCUAAAAAACGAAAAUAUAAGGAGAGUCCAUUGAAGAAUACUAAGUUGAAAUUGUUUUCAAGUCCUGAAAAAUCAGAACGUCUUGUGAAAAAUGACAUAGCUUCUGGAAACUGUUCAACUGAGCUAAAUAAUCAAACUGAUGAGAAAAAAGAUGAUGCUGAUUUAGUCAAUCUUGCUGAAGAUUCAAUCAUUAUUUCUCCACAAAAAAUUAAAGUUAAGCGGAGAAAAUGUCUUCUCGAAGAAAGCUCUUCAAAAAGAACUUUAAACUUUAAAGAUUUAACAAACGAUGAAAAACCAAGCCAAAUUUUUGAUGAUGAGGAUAUAUCUUCAUUUUUUAAAACUUCUUCAUUUGAUGAAGAAUAUAAGAAUUUUGAUUUAAAAGAGUUACAGAGAUGUCAAGUUUUGAGUAUAAGUGAAGGUCAUAAUGGAGAAAAGCAUCUUUCCCUGAAAAAUCUUACACAGAAAAGCAUUGGAUUAUGUAUUCUGAAAAGCCCCUGGAAUGAUUGUCCCAUUUUCCCUGAAGAUAUUAUCAGCGUGAAAGGUGUGCAAAGUUCUGAAGGCUGGAUUGUAGAUUGGAAUGGCUUGCUUGUAACGAGUCCUGAUAAGCUGAUAUCUGGCACAACUAUUGUUGGUUCGGUUUAUUGUAUGCGUAAAACUAUACUCUCUCAUAUUUUUAAAGAAGUAGGUGGAGGAACUAGAUAUCCAAUGGUACUUGGUUCUAGUGUUCAUCAACUUUUUCAAGAGGCUCUAAAACAAAAAUAUUUUAGUAUUGAAGAAAUAGAAAAGGAAUAUAAAAGAAUGAUUGGUAGCAAAGAUUUUAUACUAAACAUGUUUUUAGAAAAAAUGGAUUAUGCAGAAAUCACAAAUAAACUUUAUUCAUUCAUAGAACAUAUUCAUAAAUUCAUGAAAAUUUACAUUUCUGGAUAUUCUAAUUCAGAUAAUGAUAAUAAUUGGUCUGGAGAAAUCAUUGAAACUCAAGAUAUCGAAGAGAAUAUUUAUUCUCCUGUUCUUGGUGUAAAAGGGAAAGUUGAUGCUACAGUGAGAGUUCAAGUUCGAAAUAAAGUCAAGACUAUGCCUCUCGAACUAAAAACUGGUAAAGUUUCUUUUAGCAUAGAACAUAGAGGCCAAGUGAUUCUUUAUUGUAUGCUUCUUAAACAAAUGGGAUACUUGGUUGACUCUGGCCUUCUUUUGUAUUUAAGUUCUGGAGUUGAAAUGAAGGAGAUAAAAUGUGAAGAGAAGGAAGUUAGAGAUCUGACAUUACUAAGAAAUGGCCUGUGCCAUUGGCUUAUUAAAUCUACUUCCAUUGAAGAUGCAGACAACUUAACCUUCCCCCCUCUUCCACCUCCUAUUAACCGAAAGUCAUGUUCCUCUUGUCCUUACCUCAUCCCAUGCUAUGCUGCAUUGAGGGAAAAAAAUCUCAGUGAAUUGAAAGAAGGAAAUCUGCUUUCUGAAUUUGGAUCUGUUGCGACUAAACAUCUAUCUGACAAUCAUAUCAAAUUUGUAUUUCAUUGGGUGAGUCUUAUAUUUCUUGAAAAAGGAUCUUCGAAAUCAAGUCUUUCUGAUAUUUGGACCGUUGAUUCAGAAAUAAGAGAAAAGACUGGUAAAUGCCUGGCUCAGAUGAAAGUUGAUUCUUGUGUGAAGGCUGAUGGUGUACAGUUUAUAGUCACAUUUUCUAAAACUGAUGGCUCUUUGUUAGAAACGGAAUUGACCCCAGGUCAACUAAUUAUUAUUAGUAGUGAAAACCGUAUUGCUCAAGCUCUUGGAAAAGUUCAAGAUAUUUCACCAAUGACAAUAUCUGUCAUGUUGGAUAAGCACCUUAAAAGCGAUAAAGUAAUGACAAUUGAUUUAUACGAUUCUGAUAGUACUUAUAACAUCCUCAUGAACAACCUUACAAUUUUGUUGGAAAAUAAUGACAGAUCUGCUGCACUUAGGGAAUUAAUAAUUGAUUUAAAGAUUCCCACAUUUUCUGCUAAGCUAAGUUCCAAAAUCAAACGUAUCGGAGAAGAUAUUUUCGCUCGAUUGAACAGAGAACAGGUUAGGGCUGUCUUGCAAGCUAUUUCUGCUGAAAAUUACAUCUUAAUAAAAGGAAUGCCUGGUGCAGGUAAAACCACUACUAUGGCUGCUCUUAUAGAACUUUUGACUAGAUUGGGAUUAAAAGUGUUGGUUACAAGUUUUACACAUUCUGCUGUUGACAAUAUUUUGAUAAAUUUAGUUGGCAAGGUCAAGAUGCUUCGAAUAGGUCCUGAGUACAGGGUACAUCCAAAGCUGAAGGAAUUUACAGAAAACUACUAUCUGCAGUCUUUGAAGGAAGUGAAUACUGCAAAUAUUGAAAAGUUAUUUACAGAUAAGAAUGUUGUCGGAGUGACUUGUUUCGGCUGCAAACAUCUGUGGAUUGAGAGGCAAAUUUUUGAUGUGUGUUUAGUUGAUGAAGCUGCCCAAGUUUCAUUACCAGCUGUCUUGAAGCCAAUUUCUCUUGCGAAAAAAUUCAUUCUUGUUGGUGACCCAAAACAGCUGCCUGCUUUAGUUUUGAACGAGAAAGCUAGAGAAUUGGGACUAGGCAUUUCACUAUUUGAACGGUUGGACAGACCAGCUGUUACAUCACCGCUCACUAUACAGUACAGGAUGAACCGAGUAAUUAAUGCACUAGCGAAUAAUUUAACUUAUAAGGGGCAACUAAAAUGUGCCAAUCAAGAAACAGAAGAGCUAACUCUUUCCUUGCCGAAGGGUAUUCCAAGUUCAGCCCCAUAUUGGUUGCAACAAGUUCUGGUGACAGAUCUCAAAAGAUCUGUGGUGAUCCUGGAUGUAGAAAACAAGGACGCUUCUGAUUCAACUGAAAAUCAAGAGGAAGCUAAAAUCAUUUCACAGAUUGUUGAUGCUCUUAUAAAGGGAGGAGUGGAAGGUGAAUCGAUUGGCGUAAUAGCUCCAUACAACCGCCAGGUUUUACUGCUAAGGUCUUCCAUUGAAGAUAGUAUAGAAGUGAAUACAGUUGAUCAAUAUCAGGGAAGGGAUAAGGACAUCAUUAUUUUUUCAACAACCAGGUGCAAACAGUCUACGGGAAAAGAUAUUCUUGGUGACUGGAAUCGAAUGAAUGUGGCAGUAACAAGGGCCAAAAGAAAAUUGAUUAUACUUGGUAACUUAGAUGUUCUUUGUAAAUAUGAAAAUUUUGCUAAGCUUAUUUCUUUAGUAGAAAAAGAGAAUAUUUUCAAAGUGGUUUAAAUCCAUUUAUGUAUGUUUUAAUGUUCCUUCAUUUAAUUGUAUUUUGGCUGUGAGUUGUUAAUAUUUAAGUUUUUAAUAUUAAAAGGUUAUAUCAAAUAAUGAUGUAUCUUAUAAAUUACCAAUCAGUGAUUUACUGAUUCUUGACAAACUAGAAGAAACUAGCAGAGACAAACAUAAUGUACUUUGUUGUUACAAAUGUUACAAGCACCUUGACCAAUCCUAAUUAUUUGUUAAAUAGUUGUUUUCAGUAAACAACUGAAAUAGAUUUUUAUUUCUCAUUAGCACCAUGAUUGUAUUCAGUUUAUCAACAUUUUGAUUUUUGUAUUCACUGAUCUCAAAAAUAGAUCAUUGCAUUACUAGCGUUAAGAGUUUAGUUAAAUAUAUGUUACAUUGUUAGAAAAAGACUGAUCGUUUCUAAAUAAAUGUCAAUAUAAAAAAAACAAAAAAACAGUUUUAUAUAAUCUUUUUACUUAAAUAAAUACAGUUUGAAUUAUUUUAUCAAUGAUGUGGUAUUGUUUCCAUUUUGUAAAGUUAAUUUAAGUUUCAGUUCCAGCUAUUAAAAGCUAGCUUUAUUUUUAAUUUUAUGCUAUAAUUUAUACCGCCUACAAGCGGUUCUGCUUCCUUUGAAUGAAAUUAAAAGGAAACAUUAUGUGAUUAAUUGGUCAGUCCACUAAUAAUAACUUGAGCAAUAUUAAUUUUAAAUAACAAUACAAUAGUCCAUAACAACAAAAUAACGUACACAUGUAUAUAUAUAUAUAUAUAUAUAUAUAUAUAUAUAUAUAUACAUUCUUAAAAACAAUCACUUCAAGUUCUUGUUUUCUCAAACUUUAAUAAAGUCAUAUGUCCUUGUUCUUUAAAUCACCAUCCAAAAAGAAGAUCCAUUGCACGAGACAUAACAGAAUUAUCUUUCUUUGGAAUAUUUUCGUCAAUUUGUGCCUA